UUUGCACUAACCACCAACUAAAAAAAGAUAGAAGAAGAGGCUGUGUCGCGUCUUUGCGCGAAAUUAUAGAUUUGUAACAAAAGUAAAUAUGCAGCCUACUAUUGCAUCGUAUUUUCAAAAGAGUGCAGCAAAGGAAAAACCAAAAGAUGUGGAACCAAAAAAACGAAAGGCACGUAUCAUAUCCAGCGACGAGGACGAUGAAGUGGUAGCCGCAUCUCCACAGGUUGCCAAAACAAAACAUAGCAAAAAACUCAAGACUGAUUCCAAUGGCUCAAGCAACACCGUCUCUCCUUCCGCAUCUAAGAAAUUGAAGUUGGACAAAUUGAAGUCAAAAUCACCCGUCAAAGCUGUAGAUCCGAUGUCUUUGUUUGGCGGCGAAACUAAUAGAGUUGAAGCCAAAAAAGCUCCUAAGCCUAAGGACAAGGCUUUGAAAGAAUUCGAAGACGAUGAAAUCGAUCAAAGUUUAAUGGAAAUCGAUUUGGAACAAAGUCUUGUCGAAACGACUGUUAAAGAAUCGGAUCAAAAGAAUGAGAAACAUACACCAAGUAAGGUUAAACAUGAAAAAUCCACACCCUCGAAAGAAAAGAGCAACAAUGAUAAGAAAUAUACACCAACCAAAGAUGAAAAGAAAAGGGAUAAAGAUGACAAAAGAACUCCCAAGAGCGAAAAGCAUAAAUAUGAUAAAAAGUCUUCCGUUGAGCAUAGGCGUAAGGAGGACACUAAACACACUCCUACUGAACAUAAGAGAACUUCCAAAGCGUCGAAAAAUUCUCCUACGGAUGAAGAUGAUAACCCUAUAAAGGGAAAGAAACAUAAGCAAGACUUGGAUUCAAGUGUUCUUACCGAUGAAGAACGCCAUGAGCGCAAACGUAUGACAGCAAUACUCUAUCAAAAAUAUAAAAAUCGGUCAUCUGUUCUAAAUCACGGAUGCAAAGAAGUACCAAAGGGAAAACCAAAUUGCUUGGCCGGUUUAAGUUUUCUUGUCACAGGUGUUCUAGAGUCUCUUCAGCGUGAUGAAGCCAACUCUAUCGUCAAAGAAUAUGGAGGCAAAGUAAUGAGUACUGUAGGUAAACGUUUAAAUUACCUUAUUGUAGGCGAAGAUGCCGGCCUCAAAAAACUUGCUCAGGCUGAGGAGUACAACGUAAAAAUUUUAAGUGAAGACGAUUUUCUCAACCUUAUACGCCAAAAAUCGGGUAUUGCAACAGAAAAUGGUAAUGGCACAGUUCGGGAUUAUGGUGAAAUGCCCAGUACGAGCCCAAAAACUAAGAAAGAUUUUAAAAAGGGAAGAGAGGAGGAAGUGAAAAUCAAAAAAGAAAAAGUCGAUUCUCCAAAAAGGAAAUCAAACGUGGAAGAACUGAACAAUAAUGUGUCACCCAAGAAACUUAAACGUGAGAUAAAGGAGGAGACAACCUUUAAAGAACACAUAUCAAAAAUUAAAAAAGAAAUUAAAGAUGAGGUGACUUCUAAAGAUAUUAAAGAGGAAUUUCCCCGACCGCCGCCUGUUACAGAAGAUAUGAUGGCCUGGGUAGAUAAAUACAAACCUACCACUGUAAAGGAUAUUAUUGGCCAACAGGGACCAGCCAGCAACGUAGCAAAGCUUACCAACUGGCUUUCAAAAUGGUACAUAAAUCAUGAUGGCAAGAAAAAGUUGCAAAAACCAAAUCCAUGGGCUAAGAACGAUGAUGGUAGUUUUUACAAGGCAGCACUACUAUCAGGUCCUCCUGGCAUUGGCAAAACUACUACUGCAACUUUGGUUUGCAAAGAACUGGGCUUCGAUGCUGUUGAGUUUAAUGCCUCAGACACUCGUAGCAAACGCUUAUUGAAGGAAGAGGUUUCCGAGUUACUUUCCAAUAAAUCUCUUUACGGGUACUUCCAUGGCAAUGGUCAGGUAACAAAGAAACAUGUUCUAAUCAUGGAUGAAGUUGAUGGCAUGGCUGGUAAUGAGGAUCGUGGAGGUAUUCAGGAGUUAAUUGGACUUAUCAAAGAGUCUUCUGUUCCUAUUAUUUGUAUGUGCAACGAUCGCAAUCAUCAGAAAAUGCGCUCACUUGUGAACUAUUGUUACGAUCUUCGUUUUAAUCGUCCUCAACUGAAGCAAAUCAAGGGACGAAUAUUAAGCAUUUGUGCCAAGGAAAAUAUUAAACUAGAUUCGACAAAACUGGACGAAAUUAUAGCGGCGACAAAUAAUGACAUUCGUCAAUCGAUUAAUCACAUCUCCUUACUAAGCGCAGGAAAAGAACUCAAUCUGCCAUCUGACAAAGUGUCUUCGAAUGCAGAUGAAAAAAUUGCUCAAAAGGAUUUGAAAAUGGGACCGUGGGAUGUAGUGCGUAAAGUUUUCUCUGCAGAUGAACAUAAGAAUAUGUCAUUCUAUGACAAGUGCGAUCUAUUUUUCCACGACUACAGUUUGGCACCACUGUUUGUACAACAAAAUUAUUUAAUUGUGAACCCUGCAGGGCCGAAAUCAGAGGUAAUUCAAAAAGUAGCUAACACCGCUGACUCCCUGAGCUUAGGUGACCUAGUUGAUAAAAAGAUUCGAUCUAAUUCUUCGUGGGCUCUACUGCCAACUCAAGCAAUUUUUAGUUCUGUUAUGCCCGGUGAAUAUAUGAGUGGAUACUUUACUGGACAAAUAAACUUUCCUGGCUGGCUGGGAAAAAAUUCUAAAUCCAGCAAACGUUGUCGUUUUGCCCAAGAAAUUCACGAUCAUACACGUAUAAAAACGUCAGGUUCUCGCCUUUCUGUACGCCUAGACUAUGCCCCUUUCCUUCUAAACAAAAUUGUAAAACCAUUGGCAGAGAAAGGCUUGGAUGGAGUUGAAGAAUCCCUGCAAACAUUAAAAGAGUAUCACCUUCUGAGAGAAGAUAUUGAAAGUUUGAUUGAACUAACUACAUGGCCAGGCAAAAAGAGUCCUAUGGACGGUGUAGAUGGUAAAGUAAAAGCUGCUCUCACUAGAGCCUACAACAAGGAGGUAUUGGCCUACUCGUACUCUGCCACAGCAGGUGUAAAGAAAAAACGUGCUGAAGCAUCAGAGGAAUUUGAAAGCUUGGGUGUGGACGGUGACGAGGGAGACAUUGCCGCAGCAGAUUCAGAAGACGAUAAGGAUGAUGCGUUGGAAAAUGAUGGCUUAAUUAAGGCGAAGAAGAAGACUGCGGCAUCAACAUCGAAAGCGGUUGCAAAAAAAACUACUGGAAAGGCUAAAGCGAAUCUCAAAUCAAAAAAAUAAUUUGUUUAGUGCAUGUUUAAGUUUGUUGUAUAUUGUGUGAUUAUUUUUUUGCUUGAAAUAAACCGUUUGAAAACUUUUUAUACAAAA